UCGUAAUCACAUCCGUUUACCAUAUCACUUUCUGACUUCCGGUAGACGGACCGACUUCAAUGUUAGACGACCCGACUCAGUUCGUGUGUACUGGACGACCGUCCUAGAACUUAUCAUUUGUCAUUUUUUUUGUAGUUCACAGCUACAACCUCCUUGUGAACGUGGACUCAUGGCGCUUUGCGCUUUUGGACUGAUCAGCAAUGAUGCUACCUUGGCUGGGGCAGCUCUUGGCGAGCUUAUGAAGCGAGGAAAUGGUGAGAUGAAACAAAGAGGCCUGAAGAAAAAAAAAAUGUGACACACAGUGGUAGCUACGGUAUCUUAAAAUCAUGAAAGGGUUUUGACUGGGAAAAAUUUGGUGUUUUGAAUAGGUGGUCGCACUUGGAGGUUCGACUGUAGAUCAAUGUACAUUUCUACUUUCCCUAUCGAGAGUUAGACGGUAACUCGGUGCUUGAUCUGAACAAAAGUGAACGUCCCAUGGGUGAGUCCCAAAUUCCUUUAACGUCUUUCCAUUUGUUUUGCAGGAAACGAAGAUUUAUCUGGCAAUAUCUGUUAUUUAUACGCACGGUUCUACGCCCUCCAGGUACUAAUAAACUGUCUCCAUUUUGUGUUAGGACAAAGUUUACCAACGAUAGGUUCAACAUAGAUACAAAUGUUUUGACAAAGAUCGGUGUAGUUUAGGUUGGUGUCAUGGGUACCUGAAUGGUAACCCAUUCAUUCCCAGAUAGAGUGCCAAAACCUACAGAAGAGAAAAAUCCUUAACUUCAAACAGAAAAUGUUGAAAGCAAAUGGUACCGCUUUUAAGUACUGCUCUACAGAAUAUUUCGUCCAUGAACUCUUAUAGUGCGACUAGUGUAACCGAGGCCACUUAGACAAAAUUGACCAAUAGGAUUACAGGAAAAUAACAAUACAUUCCGCGAAAGUUGGCUGUGGGCCAAUCAGCAGCUUGUAAAAAACAGUAAGGCCCUGUCCACACGUAUCCGUAUUCGUUUGAAAACGCAACUUUUUUUUCGUUUUCAAAACAAUUCGCGUCCACUCGUAGCGUUUUCGCAUCGUUUUCGCCCGUACACACGUAUACGAUGAAUCGAUUUGAAAACGAUAACUUACCCGACUGCGCAUGCUUGACGCAUACGUGUUCGCUAUGAUACGACAAUGCCAUGUCUAAAACAAUGACCCACUUCACUCCACGUAACCGUCAAACUGUGGAGUAAUACGCGUCGUGUAUGCGUAUGCCUCUUGAUACCGGUAGCGAAAGUAACCUGAUAAUGUUCUGCCGCCUCCUGGAAUAGUCAGCGUGAAGAAUCAACAAAGCUAAAUGUGCUUGGAAACUAGCAAUCAGGUUUGAAAUCAGCCCAAGUAUAAAUCAGGACACUAUCAGUUCUAGUGUCCUAGAACUGAUAGUGCGACCUCAGCGUUUUCGAAAAGUUCCGUUUUCGUCUGUUUACACGUACACGCGAAAACAGCGUUUUCAAAAAGUUCCACUCUGGAGAGCGUUUUCGAAAAUUUCCUUUUUAUUGAUUUUUUUUUACUGGAUAUAACGUGUGGACGGAAGCCGUACCCGUAAAAAAAAAGUUGCGUUUUCAAAUAAAAACGUAUACGUGUGGACGGGGCCUUAGUUACUCAAAGCGCAAAAUUUGAAUAUUGAUAGCAAACGUUUUUCAAAAAGCAAAAUGUUUCACCAGACGAUGUUUUUCUAUUCAGAUCGUUUGCAUAUAACACCCAGGAGACAUAAUUGUUUGUCCCAAGCCGUUAUUUUGUCAUCUACCAGCAAUUUCUUCUCUACCAUUGCCGCGCUUUGCAAAAGCAUGACGACCUCUAGUCAAAAUUAUAACUGACGUUUAUGUUUUUCUCCUCCGUCAUUCACUCUUACGGACCUUUCAGGAAACGCGGGCUUUCUUCAGCGGGUUCAAAAGGUCGCGUAUGCAGGUUGUAAUUUUUUUUAUUUGGAUCCAUGUUGCUUAUUUCGAUUAUGAUUAACAACUAACUUUCUCGGAAUAAGGUGUUUUUCUGUAACCUGAUUGGUCAACUUUGUCUAUGUGGCCCCGGUUAUGGUAGUCGCAGUGUAAGUUUAGAACCUGUCACAAAAUAAAUAGUAUCGUGUGAAAGUAAAGCCGAUGAGAUUUCAUAUGAAUUGUUACACCAAAGUAUUUCGUCCACACACUCAAACGUUUGAACCUGAUGCAGCACUGCUAAAGAGGUUUCAUAUGAAUGGUAACAUUACAGGAUUUCCUCCACAGACUCAAAACUUCAUGAACUACCUUACAUUUCUCCACAGUUGACUCUGGUAGUGUCGCAAAAGGGAAAAGCGGCAGGCAACACAAUGCGAAAAAACACAUAGAACUCGAAGCAAAGCCCAGGAAGCACUGUGAGCGCUAUUGGUCUUCUCGGACUUGUGUUUACCAUACUUCGUCAAAAUCUCUGAGGAAUCAAUAAGAAGGAAUAAAAUUGAAUUAUCCGUCUUUAGACAAAUAUUUUACUGUCUGCUUCAGCAGCUCUCGCUCUCUAUAUUUUUUGCUACAGGGAAACCAGAAACUUGGAAGGAGUCACAUCAUGAAAGAGAUCCAUCGGUAAGAGAUGUUUUCCCCUAUGUAGCCUGCCUGACAAAAGGUGCUGGAAAUGAACGGAGAAAGGGGAUACUAAGGGUUCCAUAAUAAUUCUUCAUUUAAUUUGUAUAAAUAAAUUCUGUUGCAGCAAUCCGCAGAGCAGUGUGUUAUGGAGCCAACUGGCGUCUUAUCUGUUACAAGCCUGUCCCGAUGAGCUACAGGUAUACUAUCACUGAUGUGGAAGAAUUUAAUCGUGCUGAAGAAAGUUUCAAAUCGUAAACCUUAUUUCAACCUAUCGCAUUUUAGGCUGCUGCCCGGUGUUCUGAGGUCUCCGCUCAACUUGGAGGGAGUCACUCUAUGGAGGCAAGUAUAACGCUAGGUUACGAUAUACCACUUAGUAGAAGAUCGCACAUACGACGCUGUUAAUCAACAGAUGACCUUGGGAUAAUUUCUUACACUCAGUAACACGCAUUAAAGUAAUACAUUUUCAACAUCCUAUUUCGACAGCAUAAUCCCGCUUUCCACCCCGCUGGUAUUGUGGGCUCAGGAGCCCUUCACUGUCUCACCAACGUACCAAGCAAAGCUUGUGCAAGCCGUAGGACUCGCGCAGGUCUCAUUGCUUCCCAGAGGGCUGUGCACACCCAUCCUGAUCACGUGUCCAGCUGGGCAGUUCUGGCAGCAUCAGUUGCAGCUCAUAAUAUAGCAGCUACUCAAGAGGGACAGGGAAGAGAUAAGAGCAGUUUGGGAGCUAGGAUCUCGCAGUUUGUAGAGUCAACAGGUAUUGAACUCCUGAGGAAAUAACACUAUUUAUGGUUUUUAGGCUAUUUUGGUUCUUUGAAAUUGUAGAGAAUGUCAUUUGGACUUGCAUCGCGCAGUUUUCAUGUCGUCGCGGUUUUUCGUUGUUAUAAACAUCGAACACGUUGGAUGUUUUACCGAAGCGAUGCAAACGCAAGCGCAAACGUGUUCACUCGUCCGACGCAAACGUAAGCAUAGUGAGGUACGCACGCGCAUUUGAGUGUCCUGCCUCCCAACACGGCUGAUAAACAUUUUGCAGCGCGGGUUUGUGUUUGCGGUGUAGAUUGUCCCGAUUUGUAAGUGUGAAGUGCAGGCGCAAGCGCUUACGGUUGUAAUCACUCUUGAAGUCUAUCCAGUGCAUGGUUAUCUGUUGUUUACAGUUAUACACUGACUUAAGGUCUGGACAAACGGUGCACAGCAGCGUAGCCCAUAAUAGUGUGUUCACCUUUCAAACUGUCCACCAUCAUUUUACGCCUCUAAUCCUGUUCAGAGUUUAAACUCGAGUAGAUUCUGGGGUGCCAAACUCCUCUGCUUUUCUCUGUAUACAAUGUUGCCCUUGUUGUUGCACCAUUUGCUUGAACUGGACCUUAAAUGGUGCGACGAUCACAAUUUAGCGCCUUGUCGUGUCGCGUGGAAAGUCAAAUCAGAGCAUUACCCAGAUCUGGGUAGUGACGCGUCAUCAGUGUCGAAUUUUCAGCGCUCGUUUCUCAGACCUCAUUUUGCGGGAAAGCCAGUGUUGAUGUCGCGAAAUGUCGGCUAUUUUCUCCGCCUAGAAAUGCCGGUGCCACGCAUCCUCUUGAAUAUUAUAUAUUUCUUGACACAGCCUCAGAAGAGCAAAGUGCUUUGAAGUCCCAAUCUGAGCGUCAGCUUCCAGCCCUUGUUGAUUCACGGACCAGACAUCUGGAGUCCCUUCAGUCAUGGGCCAUUAUUCACGAAGGUUACUGCUUACUCUACUCCCGGCUUCUCAAGGAAGCAGCUGCACACGUUGAACAGGUAAAUCAAGCAGUGUAAUUUAAAAUGCAAUAGUUUUGACUCGAGUGUCUAGCUAAUUCGCAUCUGCCUUUAAUUCUGCUCGUUUUUUUAUAUACCUCCCACCUCAAAAAAGCAAAAAAUAUGCUUUUUGCGCUGCGAUUAGCGCAUAGCUUUGCCGCGGUUUCGAUGUACACAACCUGAUCAGUUAACUCUCUAGAGACAUGUUUAGUGAGUUUUGCGCGCUCCUUUGGUAGUAGCUAACUCGGAUCUAUGACACAAGGAAGGUGACACGUUUUUGUCCAUUCGGAAAACGCGCUUGAGUUGAGACAAAACAAUAUGCCUUACGAUUUUCUCCAACAACCAGAAGUGAAAUAUCUACAUAGUCAGGUCAUAGGCUCCUGACAUAGUUACUUACUCGCACGAGUGUUUAUAUGCAGUUGCCAAACGAUCGGCCAAAACAAAAUUAAGAUCUACAAAACAGUUCUAACGUUUGAGGCUGUGGACGUUUUAUAGAGUGGGAUCUUUUAAAUGAAAGCAAUAGUAAGAAAUACUGUGUUUUGACAAUGUUUAUUUAACUGUACAACGUACCUCUAACAUUUAUGUAUGCAAUUCUUUCAGGCGUUAUCUACGUACAGCUCGAUUCCUCACAUCUCCGCGCAGCUGCACUUUUUGAAGGCUCAGAUUUUACUGGCCAGCGGAGAACCUGUGGAAAUUGGAUUAAACUUGCUGCAAACGUCGUUGCUGUCAAGUCCAGUCCACUCUCCUAAUGCUUGGCAGGUAAUACACCAACUUCAUAUUCACAUGGGAGGAGUAAAUCUGCAGACAGUUAAUUAAGCCUGGUUCAGUUCCAUAUAGUCGUCUCGAAACUAGGGAUUUCAGUGUGGGAAACUUCCGGCGAUUUAGACGAUGCGGACGAUUAUAUGGAAAGCAGCUUCUCUCCUCCGCAGAGGCCUCUUUAGGGAGUUUAAGCAACGACAACGGCGACGGCAACGAGACGGAAAAAAAGCAAUAGGAUUAAAUAAGCAAAACAACAACUUUGCACGUGCAUCGCGCUUUUUUGUACAUUUCUUUGCGUCGUUACACGACUACAACGUGAUAGUGCCUGAUGGACUUCAUUUCCAUCCGGGCGAUUGCAUCAGGGUGUUGUCUCGAUCGCCUGAACACAUUAUGUGGCUAAUUUAGGUGAUUGACACUUUAAGGGCUUACAAUAGAACUAAAUGGGGACGGUAUAACCACCAAAGUGAACUUACAUCGUUCGAUUGCCACAAAAACGAAAUAAACGACUGCAGAACUUAGACAGCUGAUCAGUAAUCUAUACUCCUCAGUUGCUGAAACAGACCAUUCUAAGGUUUUUUAACUUUUGACAAGGAACAUUAAGUGAAAAUCCGUCAUCACACCUGGAAAAAAAGGCCUUGAAAUCAGUAAAGUUGCCAACUUUGAAACUGAUUUGUUUUAAUUUCUGUUUUUGUUAAGUUGUGAUUCCUUGCCAGUUGGCAGUCUGUAAAAUUUCACGACUUUGCGGAGCCAUUUCUUCGUUACUUUUUAACAAAUCACUUUUAAAACGUGGCAAGUUUACUAGUGUUAAGGCGCUCUGUUAUGCAGCGUCAACGGAUUUUCGCCAAGUGCUCCCCAUCAAUACUUGAAAAAGCGUGGGUCUAUUUUCAUUCUUUAUUUUUCGGGUCUUUUUUUGCCAUUUUGCCAGGUUUUAGCUGAAGUUCAAGCCAAUCAAGGAUCAGCUACAGCAGCGGAGCUAUGCUAUCGACAGUGUCUGCAAGGGGGUAUGGACAGCAAGUAAGUUAUACCGACCUGCUAAGAUGGAUUUCGCCAAAUGAAUGUGCGUUGUUGACACUCUCCGAUAGUUGCUUUGUUUCAAUAAAAUUCUAAAAAAAAAGAGGAACUAAGAAAGCCGUGAAGUUACCAAAGAGCUCUCAAGAAUACUCAAACUACAGGUAUCAGCUUGACAGGCUGCCUGAAAAAACCAUCUGCGCAAAAAAGAAAAAUGAAAGAGAAGCGUAAGGAAUAAUCUUGUCUCGCGAGAAGCUGUUAAUAGAGACCUUUACAUUCGAGGAUGACGACGACUACGAACGAGAUUUAAUCUAAGAAAACACCCCGGAAAUUUGUUCUUUUUUAACCAGAAAAUGUCUUCUAUUUUUGUUGAAAUUAAGCUUCAUUGUCUAACAUUUGACGUCGGUUUCACAAAACUCUUAGUAUAGAAUGAAAAUUUUCCCGCCAAAAUGUCGUGGCUCACGUCGUAAUUUAAGAAAAUUUCGUUCUCGUAGUCAUACUCGUCUUAGAAUCUAAAGGUGUCUAAUGUCGAGGGCUUUCUAAUAAGUCAUCCUGUAAUAAGCGGGCUUUGGGUACUUACCAAAAGUCAGAAAUCGAACUGGCCGACUGGACCCGCGAUUUUAAUAAUUCAAUAGGCUUUUCUGGAGAGUUUUGGCCGAAAACCUUUGUCGUCCAUACUAUUUACGAAUAGACUGAUCUGACCUAAUAGUCCUGAUUCAUAGAGUAAUUCUCUUUACGACUGGACUGGGCGGGAGGGUCUGGCCGGCCAGUUCAGACUAAAGGUUAACGUCCAUAACCCUUUAAGCCUCAGUACUGACCAACAUCAAUUUUCUCCAAACAAUAUCAAUACACAAUCACGAGAAAAGGUUACGAGAAUUAACAAGGUGAUCAUCGAAGAGAAAAUGCUUUGAUCUUUUAACAAAUUCUCUCAACUAAUUUCUAAAGGAAAUGUUUGGAGAUCGCUCUCGAGAAUUUGUAUGUGGAAGUUGGGGCUUGUAGGAUUAAUUUAUCGUGGUGUUUUAGGGCACAAAGCUGGCGAGUUGUUCCUCUCAUACGAUUGGCGAUGUUAGCUCUACGCUUGGCUCAGGUGCGUAUCAGGGAGUAACGGCUGAGAAAAAAAAAAUCAUUUUUCUUGCACACUUCAUUAGACCAUUCAAAAUCUAAAACAUUCAAGGAUGUCCAUCAACGAUCAAAAACGGUCAUUUUCGCAGGCUAUAUCAGACCGUUCAAAAUCUAAAACACUCAAGGAUGUCGAUCAACGAUGAAAAACGGUGCUAGCCUCACAGGAUAGACAGGAUGUUCCCCAAUAAAAAAGAUGAGGGCGCUCGAUGAACCCUUUUGGGGUUAAAAAAAAAGUGGACUGGUACCACUCGGGAUACUUAAAAUGUCCGCCAAUUGAGCUUCGCGGUACCUUUGUUAGUAGUGAUUUCAUACCUAACGUACCUUUCAGCAAUCUACCAUAACAGAGGUGAACGAGGCUUUGCGAGAAUUAUGGUUACUUUUCUCAUUGAAACAUUAAACAGUGCAUGACCUUUCCUCACCGGUGAAUAACACAUUGAGGGAAGGAGAAUGGAUGGUUCAGGUUACCUUUGAUCCUAGACUUCCCAAAACCCCGGUUGUGGCACGUUUUUGUGUCCGUAUUUUGUCAAAUCAAUGCAAGCAUAUCUGUUAACAUAUUGUAAGCUGAAUAGACCUUUGCUUCCAGUGCUUGUCGAAAAACGCUUUUAUCCCGCAGUCACCGAAAUAUUUGUGGCAAUCAGUUGGAUGCUUGCAUAUCUAUUAUCAGUUCAAAACCUCCGCGAGUUGUUAUUGAUGCUAUUAGUUCUUUUAUGUUUUUCUUUACAAAAAGCCUGCUGUUAAUUUUUUCAUCCUCACAGACGCAGUCCGCUGAGCGUGAUCGUUGGAUUAAUCUUUCUCUUGAAGCUUCUAACGAGGUAAGCCAAAAAAUGUUCUUUCUUUUUUAAAUGUGGGUGUGGUGGUGUGUGUAGCGAGGGAUUACGAGUGGUAUUUCGCGGUGCUCUUGAUGUUAUGUAAUGUUAUGUCGCGAAUGAGAGGACAACAUAAAAACAUUACGUGUUAUCUUUACAUUAAAUUAAUGCACCUCUACCUCGUUCCUCUAAGGUUGCAGCAAGCUGAUCUCAACCUUUGGCUGCCGCUUUCUCGUUCGGUCUCGAGGUUGAACAGGAUGUGUGAUUUGGCACUACUUAGACUGAGAUAGACACCACCACGGAAGGUUCAUUUAUUAAUGAAGGAUCUUCAACUUGAAAAUUGUACACGGCGAAUCGUUUUUUUUUUUCCAACUUUUGCAACGUUGUUUUUGCGGAUAAAACAAUCCUUAUUUACCAGUUAAUUAGAUGGAAGGAAUCUUCAGAAAAUUGCACAUCUGUUAUAACGAUUCGGGUUUAAUCGCAGGUCCUGAAGUUGAAAUCAAGGGUUUCAGCUGCUCACCUAGUUCAAGGAAUCGUGUAUUUUCUUCAAGAUAAUUCAAGGUAGGUUUGUGACUGCGUCAGCUAUAUCUCAAUUUAUAUGCAAGCCCAAGAAGAGUAACUUCAAGUUUUCCGAAAAACCUUGUAGUUGCAGAGGAGGCGCGAUGGCCGAGCGAUUAAAAACUCGGACUUCAGAUCUUUAAGUAUGGAUUCAAUUUGCUCCACUUUCACUCCGUUCACCCAGGUGUAUUAAUGGGUACCGGUGCCCUUUACUGCUGGGGGUAACCGUGUGAUGGACUGACGUCUGUGGGGGGGACUAGCAAUAGUAGAGACCUUUAGUUUCUAAGCCGAGAACGACUACGAGUACGUUAUUUUCUCAAUACUAGUGCGCGAGCGUGAACAAGCGUCAUUUUGGCGGGAAAACGUGAUAGCCGUCGUCAUUCUACUACGAGGUUUGGUGAGAGUCGCGACCUUUCAGUGGCAGAAACAAAUGUUAGAAGUCUUAUCAUUGUGCGAUCGGGAGAGGGCUGUGACCUCCUUCAAUAAAGAUGACAGUACUUUUUUGGUGAAUCAAAAGUAUCAUGAAGCUUUCCAGGGUGUCUAUAUUUUGAGAAUACGCGAAAAAACGGUAGUCAAAUCUCGUACUGGUAGUCGUUCUCGUCCUCGAAUCUAAAGGUCUCCAUUCCCAGUUGUUUCAUUCCACAAAAGAAAAACAGAAACUGGGUCAAGUUCCGGUCUUGUGGACCUCAUAGCUCCUGUGCGCCUUAACCUUAACUUCAGGAGACGACCAUUUGACUUUUGAGGGGGGGGAGGGGUGGUGGGGUAUGGGUGAUUUCAGAAAGAAAAAUAUCCCGCAGACUGAUUUCGAGGAGAAAAAAUUCUUGCAAGGAAAUAUCUGGCGGGAAAAAAUGCUACCCUGAAAAAAGAUACCUUUCAUGGCGUAUAAUGCUGGAAAAAAUUCUUACACCGUUUUAUGUCAAGAAAAAAAAUUCUAUCACCAGAGGUUUAGGAAAAGUAAAAUCCUCACCCAAACCAAAUCCCCCUUACCGCCCCGCCCCCCCUCCUCCUCAAAAGUCAUAUGGUCGACCCCUUAUAGUUAGAGCUUCGACAAUUGUAAAAGUGUUAUUAUUGUUAUAUUAUUUGGAAGAAGAUUUCUAACACCAGAACUCCAGGUGAGAGUCGAACUCACGACCCUCCGGGCUCUAGUUCGGACGCUCUAACCACUGAACUACUGGAGGCUCCAUGGCGAGCACGGUUGAGGUUUUAUUAUAACUGCAUUACUGUUUGAUAACGUUUCUGUUUGUUUGUUUGUUUGUUUUUGUUUCUUUUUUGGAUGGGUCAUGUGUUCUCGUAAUGAAAUUUCCCUGGUUCCUUCCGUUUGGGAUUGGAAUUUUCCCAAUUUUUUUUUCUAGAACUUGGGACCAAAUGUGAGGUACAUUUUUGUCCUUGCUCACAAAGAUUCUCAAAAAACUUGUACCUCUUAACAAAUCUUUUUUAACAGGGCUUCGAGAAGAGCAUUCCAACAAGUGAUUGAAACGGCAGACGACGGAGCCGGUUCAGCGGUAGCUCGUUACUGGCUUCUCUUACUUCAUCUAAAGAAAAAUGAUCUGGCCGCUUCCCAGGUAGACUACCAACACACAGUUCUUUUUAUGAAUUCUUUUGGUACUCGUUCUCCAUUAUAUAACAAAUUAGCAAAAUUGAUCGUAUGUUGUCGUGUUCAUCUGUUACUUUUCUUUUCUUUUGACCUUUUAGGAUCUUUUGUGCAAAGCAAAGGGUGAUGGAAAUAGCAGGCUGGAUUUGUUUUAUUAUGCGUUUGCAGAAAAUGGCAAAGUAUCCCCAGUCAUGAGAAAGCGUCUAAUCGAGAAAUGCAUCCAUGUCUGUCCGUCAGAACAAUUUUAUCGGGAUUUAUUAAACAAGAUAUGCUAAAGAGCGUAAUUGUUAACAAGUGAAAACGUCGCUAUGGAUGUCGAUUGUGAAGCUUGAAACAAGAUUCUCACUUCGGCCGGAAUAUUAAACUUCAAAUCAAACUCAAUACAACCAGAGCAUACAAAC